GCAACCCACAAGCGCGCGGAUCUCGCGUUCAUUCAAUUCACGCACACUGUUGCGUCGCGGUUGCCUGUUUUGUGUUUUCUGUUUUUUUAUUCCGAUCCCGCCAGCCAGCACCACAACUUUGCUUUUAUUCCUCGAUUCGGAGUUUAGGAGUUUGUUCAGUGCCCGAUUAUUAAAAUUAAAGUGAACAUUGAGUAAAGUGUUAUUUACAAAAUUAUCAAGUGCAAAGUGAAACUUGUGUAUUGUAAAGAAAGUCCAGAUGUUGAAGGUUCAAGCAACGGCAAUAACCUCGCUCAGUGUCAACAAAUAAACAGUGAUUGUACACAAAAAGUUUUACCAUCCAUACCUACCUGCGAUCUGCAACAAAAAAGAUGAAUUAAACAAUGGAUGGACUAAACUGGAUCUCCACAUGAAAUGAGAAUGGACCUCUUUCGCAUUGUCGAAACAAGAAAUUUGUUGCGACUUCACCCACUACUUUUAUGAUUAGCCCCUCACCAUGUGGCCCAACGUGUGUCAGGUAGCGGCGCUCAUACUCCUCAGCACCCUCAGUAAAGCUGAAAUGCCUGAAGACGACUUCAGGAUAAUUAACAAGCAAGAUCUGUUGGCGUUUGACAGCGAUAUCUUUGAAGAUAAGAGCACUAAAUCAUUUUCGCAAUUGCUGUUCGAUGUGGCAAGAGACCAGGUUGUGGUGGGCGCUAGAGACGCACUCCUCCGCCUCUCCUUACGCGGUCUGCGCCCCCUAGAGCGCGCGGAGUGGGGCGCGCCGCAGGACGCCGUGAAGCUGUGCCUGGUGAAGGGGCAGAGCGAGCGCGACUGCCGCAACUACAUCCGCGUGCUGCUGGCGCACGGGGCGCGCCUGCUGGCCUGCGGGACCAACGCGUUCAGCCCCGUGUGUAGCUGGAGAGAGAUCGAAUCCAUAGGCCAAGUGCUCGACUGGAGUAGCGGGGUCGCCAGCUGCCCUCACAGUCCACAUUCCAACGUCACCAGCAUCCUCACCAGUACUGGAGAAUUCUUCGCCGGUACCACUACAGACUUCACCAGUUCCUACACGACAAUCGGCCGGUCCCGCGGCGCAUCCACCCGAGACCUCGGGCCGCUGCGCACGCCGCCCUACGACCCCAACUGGUUGAAUGAACCCCAGUUUGUAGGCAGCUUCGAGGACGACCACUUCGUGUACUUCGUCUUCAGGGAGGUGGCCGUGGAGUACAUGAACUGUGGGAAGACGGUCUACUCCCGCAUAGCCCGAGUCUGCAAGAACGACGCCGGCGGCCACCUCACCAUGAAGGAGAACUGGAGCACGUUCCUGAAGGCUCGCCUCGCGUGCUCUGUGCCGGGGGAUGUGCCGUUCUACUACGACGAAGUGACUAGUGUGCAGUAUGUGCCGCGGGGCCGCGUGCUGGUCGCCGCCUUCACUACUCAGAGCAACGGCAUAGCAGGCAGUGCCAUCUGCGUGUACAACAUGAGCGAUGUGAAGGCAGCAUUCAGCGGUGCCUUCAAAGUGCAGGACAGCCCGCGCAGCAGCUGGGAGCCCCGCGCGCCUACCCCGCGCGCCGUUAACCACUUCUCUUGCCUACCCGACGCGCAGCCACACGAAACAAUAGAAUACAUGCGUUACCACCUAAUGCACCAAGCCGUCCAACCAAUCACAGGCAAGCCUUUAUACACGGCGACCUUAGAACGCUUCACUCACAUAACCUCUGACGUCACAGUGGCCAAGCCUGUUGGCAAUCAGUACGUGAUAUUUGUGGCUACUCAGAAGAAUCAAGUGUUGAAACUGGCAGUAUUGCCGAAGUUUGAAGGCGCUUGUUUGGUGGAAACGUGGAACUUGGAUGAUGGGAAGGGGUUGAAGGUGCUGACUAUGGAGUUUGUUAAGGAUACGAUGUCGCUCUACAUAGGAAGCGACACGUCGCUCCUCCGGCUGGGCGUCCCACGCUGUGCUCGCUACAACACUCGCUCCAUCUGCCUCGGCGUGGGAGACCCCUACUGCGGGUGGGACGACGCCAGAGAGCUGUGUGUGGACGCCCCCACGCAUAUCUACGAGCCGUACUUUAGGCAGAAUACUGGCGAGUGCGGGAAGGUUGAUGCGCCUGUGGACGGCGGCUGGUCAUCCUGGUCUGCCCCCGAGCCGUGCGUGCAAGACACCGCUCGCGACAUGUACUCGGACCAGCCGCCCGACAUGUGCAUGUGUCGGCGCCGCGCCUGCGACAACCCGCGCCCGCACCGCGGAGGCGCCCCGUGCCAAGGCGCCAGCAUAUCCGUCUCCAACUGCACGGUCCACGGCGGCUGGUCACCUUGGUCAGCUUGGUCAGAGUGUUCGGCUACUUGCGGCAUCGCCAUCAAGUCCCGGAGACGAGCGUGCUCCUCGCCCGAGCCGCGCCACGGCGGCCGCGUGUGCGUGGGGCUGGAUAGUCAGCAGCUGUAUUGUACUACACUGCCGCCUUGUCCAGACCCAGAGCUAGCGCCAGUGGACGGCGGUUGGUCCGAGUGGGGCCCGUGGUCCAACUGCACUAGCGACACCCUCACUUGUGGUCCUAAAGCCGGCAUCAAAGAGCGUCACAGAACCUGCACAAACCCUUCCCCUAAAAGCGGCGGCGUGGAGUGUGAGGGCGGCGCGGCGGAGAGGAGCGCGUGCGACCUGCGCGCGUGCGAGCUCAAGAAGGCCGCCGCCUGGACGCCCUGGGUCGCCGCCCUAGGCAACUCAACUGAUGGAAGCUACACUGAGAAAAGAUUCAAAUUCCUUUGCAGAGCGGCAACACCGGAACAAAUAAAGCUAACAAUUGCCAAAGAGGAAGACCGUUACUGCACCGCCCCCGGUGUCUGUUCUUCGCGCCCCCCAGCCAGCCAGCAGCCCCGCGCGCCCUGUCGCCGCCCCCCGUGCACCCGCCCCGGCACAGAAGACGGUUGGGGCCCGUGGUCAGCCUGGUCCGAAUGCUCGGGCGGCGAGCGCGAGCGGCGGCGAACAUGCUCGCGCGGCGACUGCCGAGGGGAUGCCGUGCAGACUGAGAGUUGUGAUGAUGAUAUUGAUAAUGAAUUAUCGCCAAUGUUGAACUACACGGUGGCGGCGUCGUUCGUGAAAGACAACGGCUCGCUGGGCGCCGGCAGCAUUGUGGGCUGCGUACUGGCCGCCUUCGCUAUGGGCUGCCUAGUCUGCCUCGCGGCAGUGAUCUACUGCUCGCGGCGACACGGCACGCGACUGCCGUGGCACCGGUCGACACGGGUGCCGUCCAGCCCGCACUACAUCACCGCCAAACAGAACAGCUAUGUCACUGUUCCUUUGAAAGAUGUGCCACGUAAAGCGAAACGCCAGCCUUCCUUCACGGGGAUCGGCGGAGCGAGCGGCAUUCUGCUCUCCAAAUCCAACAAUAUAUCCAACGCUAACAACCACAACAACAGUAUGGCGACCCCUAAACUGUACCCUAAAGCGAUAGCCAAUGAAUACGACUCUAUGGGCACUCUGCGACGGCAUUCGAACUUGCCAAACCACAGGAAUAAUCUUGAUAUGGAGGAAGAGAAGUUCUAUUAAAUGUUUAUGUGUCUGAAGAUCAUUGGUGACUCCGACUAUGCAGCUGCCUGCGUGACUAUAUCGCGAUUCGCCAUAAAUACGGCGCUGUGAUUAGUGGAGCGUGCAUUAAACGUGUGUAUCGACGUCGAUAAUAAACCCGUGUAGCGGCGGCUGCCGCAGUUGAGGUGUUAAGGGAUUAUUUGUGCGUCGGACAGAAUAAGUAUUGUGAGUGAGGCUAUUGAGUUGUGGUGAAACGGUUAGAGUGAAAUGGUUUGAGCUAAUCUUGUGCUACAAGUUUGUAUGUGAUGUUAGGUGCUAAGUUGGGACUUGGACUGCUAAUGAAACGAUUGUGACAUUCCUGCAAGUUCGGGAUAAUUUUGUAUAUUGUAUAAGCUGGUGAAUAAAGUAGGAGUUUGAUCUGGAUACAUUUGUACACCCUUGCUCUUGUGGCAUCUAUAAGUAUUCAAACUUCCUUAAAUUAUUCAUAAUAUAUAUUUUUUCUGAUGUGAUGUACUUCAUUCUUAAUGAUUGAUUUAUUAAGUAUGUAUCGAAUUUAUUGGCUGUAUGUACAAAAUAACUACUGAUGUUCCUUUUCUAUUAAGAAUAGAAUAAUGAAAUUUCCGUCCGUAUUGAAUCAGUUAAGUUGACAACGAUAGAAAUAUCCUAGCAAUGUUUUGGAAUUACAUACAACAUGCAUACUUACAUAAUAAUUAUUAUUAUUUUCUACUGAUAACUUCUGAUGUCCAUGCUAGGUUAUGGGUAAUAUUUAUAUUUAAAAUCCUACAAGUUUUAUUGCCAGUAUGAAAAUAAAUAGGGAAACAUUUCAACUCCAAUAUUAACUUGCCAAAGUUAGAAGAUGUAACA